CGUACGCAAGGGCCCAUCCUCCAGCGAGGUUGCCUGGGGUGCAGGCGGAGCGCGCGCGCCCCUGCUUGUUCAGCGCCCUGGGGCCGCUAGAGUAAAAUGAGUCACAUGAACGUCUCUUCCCAUUCGCGGAACUCGCCCACUAGGGGGCGGGCCGUGGUAUGCAAAUGAUGCUUUAAUAGCGUCACGCCCCUCUCUCGUUCGCUCGGCCCUUCGGGUGGAUGGUAGCCCUGAGGAGCUACUUGCUGUGUUUUAUUCCCCCCCUUGAAGCCGCUGUCGGGAAGGCGAAUCGGAAAAGGGAGCUGGGCUAGUGGCGAUGUCCGUGAGCGGGGGCUGCCCGGCCAGGAGUGCGCAGCCCCAGCGGGCCCGGCGCGGCCUCAGCCUGCCACCGCCUCGCGUAGCGCGGGUCAGGGGCCGGGACUGAGCCGCCCUGGGCCCAGCAGGGAGAGCAGCAGCGGAGCCCAGAGGAGACGGGAGCUACCGCGGGGCCGGGGCCGCCCGAGGAUGGGAAUCCUCUUCACCAGGAUCUGGAGGCUGUUCAACCACCAGGAGCACAAAGUAAUCAUUGUUGGUCUGGAUAAUGCAGGAAAAACAACCAUCCUUUACCAGUUUUCUAUGAAUGAAGUGGUGCAUACCUCUCCUACGAUAGGCAGCAAUGUAGAAGAGAUAGUGGUUAACAACACACGUUUUCUAAUGUGGGAUAUUGGAGGGCAAGAGUCUCUUCGAUCUUCAUGGAAUACUUAUUAUACAAACACAGAGUUUGUCAUCGUUGUUGUGGACAGCACAGACAGAGAGAGAAUUUCUGUAACUAGAGAAGAACUUUAUAAAAUGUUAGCACAUGAG